AUGGAUUACUCCUAUUAUAAUGGCGCCAGAUCGCAACCAUUCUCCCUCUAUGGGUUGCCCACCCCUGAUCAGCAGCCCCGGGCGCAAGAAGAUACAUUCGUCCCUCUAAAUAAUUACGAUCAAAACUUCCCCGGCUUUGACCCCUCAUACCGGCUUGACCCCUCCUCAUCCUUUGUCCCGCCACCGCAUUCACCGCCAGAAUCUUUCACCAAACAGUCUGUUUCAAGUAACGACGCCAAUAAUCCUACAGACCCUAUCUCAUUCGACGGUGAUGAAAGCCAAUUCGCAGAUCACUCAUUGGGACGCAGCAGUAGUGAGGAAAAGGACUCAGCGCCAGCGCAAAGCAAGCGCAAGGCUCAGAACCGAGCUGCCCAACGAGCCUUCCGGGAACGAAAAGAGCGCCAUGUGCGAGACCUCGAGGACAAAGUGAACAACCUCGAGAAAGCAUCGGAUACAUUACAUGCAGACAAUGAGCGGCUAAAGCGCGAGCUGGCAAGAUACACAACUGAGAAUGAAAUUUUGCGCGCGACAUCUCAACACCCAAGCCGAGCACAUGGAAAUAUGAAUGAGCCCCCUGAGCCAACUGUCACCGGACCAAUGCAGUACUCCCCCACGGACUUUUAUUCAUCGCUUGCGCCAGAUGGAUCGGCCACGCCUCGAAGCCCGCAGCACCGUGUCACUGUGUGCUCAGUCACCGGCGAGAAGCUAUUGGACGCUGGUGCUACAUGGGAUUUGAUUCAAGGUCAUGAGCUGUUCAAACGUGGUCAGAUUGACAUCGGUGACGUGACUGAGCGCCUUAAGGGUAUGGCGCAGUGUGAUGGGCAGGGUCCUGCUUUCAUGGAAGGCCAGAUCCGUCGAGCUAUUGAGGAGAGUGCGGCUGUGGGUCGUGAUGAAUUGAUAUAA